CAUAUAUACCGAGGAUACAACAAAUGAAUGUCAUUCAUUUCUUCCAAAGUUCAAUUUUCUUUCUAGGUAUAGCAAAAGAAGAUAAUUUUCCGAAGAUAUUCAUCAAUGGCGACAACAAGUAGACAUAAAGGAGUGCUCGAUAGGAAAAACUCGAGCAUCGUGUUCAUACACAUUAACCCUCCUCAUGGAUGGAAGGAUGAUUCUCAAUUUCACUACUUGUAUUUAACUCUUCCCGGAUUCGAAACAAAUAACAUAACGAUACACAUGGACAAGUACGGAUAUUUAGUGGUGCGAGGCGACAGGCAAGUAAGCGAGCACAAAUACAUAAGCUUCGAGGAGACAUUCGAUAUUCCAAACGAUGCAGACCUUGAGGAAGCCAGCGGACAAUUUGAAGACGAUCAAAUUUAUUGUGUCACUAUUCCUAAGAAAAAACAACAAUUGGAGCAACAACAACAACAUCAGCGGAAACAAAGACGUGAGCAUCGGGAAAAACCCACCGUGCCUAUUGAGAAAAUGCGAUCAAAAAGUUUCUCUCCCACGAGAUACGACUCUCUCAUCACCCAUCCAUCCCAUCAAAAGAAAUUUUCGCUUUAUCGUUACAUAACUUCUUGUUGUCGUCGUUGUGGAUGCAUGUAAUUAAAGUAAUUGACGCUUUAUAAUCUAGCUACUUGUAAAAAAUUUGUUGUAAAUUCAUCGUGUCAUAAAAUUCAAAUAAAUAUGAAUAUAAUGGUUUUAGCGCUUAAAUGAGAAUGUCUAGC